AUGAACAGGCACAACAAACGUUUCGCUGGAUUUAACGUUGCUGGAAUUGGUGGAACUGCUGGAUGUGUAGUCGUAGAUAAUAAACUGUUUGCUAAUGGCUUCUUCCUUCGAGAACUGACCGCUGAAGAACAAAGAGAAUUUGCACAAUACGUCGAAGAAUCAAAUAAAUAUAAGGAGGAACUGAAGGUAUCGUUGGAAGAGAGACGUAAGGGAUGGCAGAUAGCACGGCAAAGCGAGAAGGGUGCCAAAAUUUUAUCGACUAUUACAGAAAAGAAUUUGCCCAAACCACCCAAAAAACCAUCUUUCUGCACUGCUGCUGAUACCACUCAGUACUACUUCGAUGGUUGCAUGGUUCAGAAUAAUAAAAUAUUUGUGGGACAAAUGUAUGUACGAGAUUUAACAGCAGACGAAGUGAAAGAGUUGAAAUCGUUCGAUGUGAAAAUGACAGCCUAUCAGAAAUAUCUGUCUUCCUCUAUUCAACAGCAAAUGAAUAGUCUAUUCGGUGACAAGACAAAUCUCUUGAAUUUAUUCACGAAUACACAUCUCGAAUCAACUUCACAAGCAUCAGAAGCUACAACUAUCCCGACGACAACUCAAACACCAGUUGAAGCGCCAGAAACACCAAGUUUCUGUGUCCCGAUCUAUUGA